UCUACUAACUGUAGCCUACACUCUUAACAUCAGAGGCAAUGAUUGCCCUAAGGAAAACAAAUACUGGUUUGAAGAAGGAGCAGAACUGUCUCUUGUGUCGCUAUCACUUUGCCCCCACUAAACCUCCAAUCCCGUCUCUCUCCUGAAGGUCUGCCUGCCUUUCUCUGCAGACAGUGCGAUGUGCCUGCCUCUCGGAAACAAGCAGAGAUGCUGCUUCUUUAUGCUCGUGCAAGAAGUCGACUAUAAGCGUCAAACCGACAUGAAUUAUGCCGCAAAAUCUGUCUGGAUAAUGAGGAAAUGACCUGAGGUGUGAAGAAGAUGAUAGUGAUGAUGGAGGGAAUCGGGGCGAUGAGGCUUUACCUCAUGAAAUGGAUUUGUCUGCGCUGGGCUUGGGUUUGUGUGGCUGCUUGUGGUGGUAAAGUGGAGUUACAUACUGAAAGGAGAGGAGUGAUCUACAGUCCAUCAUGGCCCCUCAGCUACCCGCCCGGAGUGAAUUGCAGCUGGAACAUACAGGGAAACCGUGGAGAUGUGAUCACAAUCAGUUUCCACAGCUUUGAUGUAGAGGACACGGGGGACUGCAGGGGUGACUGGCUGCUGCUCGGCCCCACAUGGAAAACAGAGUAUCGGUUCUGUGGCUCUGCUCUUCCUCCUCCCUUCAUCUCCUCCAGAGGACGAGUCUGGGUCUACUUCCACUCUCAGGCCAACAGUUCCGGACAGGCACAGGGCUUCAGAUUGUCCUACAUACGAGGUCGGUUGGGUCAGAGCAGCUGUGAGAACGAUGAGUAUUUAUGUGGAAACGGUAAGUGUGUUCCACGUUCUUGGUGCUGUAAUGGAUUGGAUGAGUGUGGAGACAAUACUGACGAAAGAAGCUGUGCCCCACAUCCCACACCUGCCCAAGCAAGUCUGUGUCCACUAGGAACUUUACAGUGCUCUGAACUCCAGUCCACCCGCUGCCUGCCAGUGUUUCUGCGCUGUAAUGGAGCCCGGGACUGCCCCAAUGGAUCAGAUGAGGCUCACUGCCCCAACACUUCCUGCGGAAAACAUUUUGUCAACUUCUACGGAACGUUUGCAUCACCUGACUUUUUCCAUCCAAACAGGAGCCUAGGCACAGAUCUUCACUGCACAUGGUUCCUGGACACACAAGACCCAAAGCCGCUGGUGCUGCAAGUGGACCUACAGCUGGGUGUGGGAGACUCAGUGCAAGUUUAUGAUGGUCUGGGAGAGCAUGCAGAACGUCUUCUGCAGAGUCUCUCCCACCAUAACAACCACAGACGAGCCUUGCUGGAGUCUUCCCAGGGACAGAUGAGCAUAUUGUACCACGCUAAACCACACAGUCCUGGACACGGCUUCAAUGCCACCUACCAGGUUAAAGGGUAUUGCUUUCGAGGUGAGCAUCCAUGUGGCACAGAUGAGGGCUGUUACUCAGACCUGCAGCGUUGUGACGGCUACUGGCACUGUCCUGGAGGACGUGACGAGGAGGACUGCCCGCUGUGCCGACCGGGCGAGUAUCCCUGCGAGGGUGGCAGUGGGGUGUGUUACCCGGCCUCUGAGAGGUGUAACAACCAGAAAAAGUGCCCAGAAGGCUCAGAUGAAAAGAACUGCUUUAACUGUCAGCCCGGAAACUUCCACUGUGGAACCAACCUGUGCAUAUUUGAGACGUGGCGGUGUGAUGGGCAGGAGGACUGUCUCGAUGGCAGUGAUGAAAGAGACUGUCUGGCCUCCGUACCCAGGAAAGUGAUCACAGCAGCUCUGAUUGGCAGCUUGGUCUGUGGCCUGCUGCUGGUCAUUGCACUGGGUUGUGCCUUUAAACUAUACUUGCUCAGGACAAGAGAGUACAGAGCUUUUGAAACCCAGAUGACCCGACUAGAGGCGGAGUUUGUUCAGAGAGAGGCUCCACCCUCUUACGGUCAACUUAUAGCUCAAGGACUCAUCCCUCCAGUUGAUGACUUCCCUGUGUACAAUCCCACACAGGCAUCUGUUCUGCAGAAUCUCCGUUCAGCUAUGCGGAGACAGAUUCGCCGUCACUCGUCUCGUCGUUCCUCAUCAAGACGGCGACUUGGACGCCUCUGGAGCCGACUGUUCCAUCUAGGCUCUCGGUCACGUGGUCAGAUUCCUCUCCUCACACCUCCUGGCCAUACACACACAAACACACACACUUUUUUGAGCCUCCACAGCUACAACACAGCAGAUGGUGGCACAGAGGAGGUGCAGGAGUGUGUGGGGCAGACUCCAUCUCCCUGUUCCGCUAUGGCACUGGGCUUAGCCCUGCAGGCUCAUACUGAGGCCCUCUGCUUUCCUGACAGAGAGUCGCCUCCCUCUCCUCUCUCUCCCCCCUCCCCCGUCUCGCCCCACUCCACCUCUGACACCCUGGAGGAUGAAGAUGUUGAAGAUGAUGGUGAUGAUGACAGAUGUUUAGAACUGUCUGGGACAAGAAUGAGAUCCAAACCCAGCACUCAAGACCCUUCCCCUAAACGAAAAGACAUAGACAGUCCACCUGGAACUCUUGAUGGCCCUAAACACAGCUCAAACAGGUCCAGAGCCUCCAGAAGGCUUGUGCAGGACCUGGCUGCAGAGCUCAGAGGAGUAUCCCUCUUACGUUACACCUCUGUGGGUAUCUCGCCUCUUUCUUCUCCCGAGUCACCAACAUCCUCCAGUGGUCAGUCUGACGAGCAGAGAAGUCUUCCUACACCCAGACGACCACAAACAGAUGCAUACACAGAUUCGAGUCCUGGACACAGUCCCAUAGAGGACACCAGGAAAUCAUCAGGAACAGAAGAUGUGCCCGGUGACUGUGUCAGGCUUUGCAUACUCACAAGUAGUGAGGAAGAGGAUGAUGAGACUCUUUUAGUGCACUGAGAAGCAUUUAUAACCCUCCCUAUUCUGAAUUUGCGCCAACACACUGGGCCUUACCAGGUUAAGUGAAUAGCAUUCCAUCCAGACUCAUACCGUUUUAAGCAUUUUAGGUCCAGAAUAUUUGAUUCUUAUGAUUCUUAUGUCAUAGUAGAACAUGUAGGAGUGGACCUCUGCUGAGAUACAUGUUUGUUGUCAUACUUGAAAAGAUAAUCUCAUAGUUCGGCUCUAGCAUUCAAUAAUAAAUGAUUGGUAGAAAUCAGCAAAAAACCUUAUGAAUGUGGCUAUAAUGAUCAUGUAUGUGGUACUAGGACUGAGCAUAUAUACUUUUCCAAGUGGAAAUAUAUUAUAACAGAGAAUAUGUAUCUCUGCCUCUAACAUUCUGUUAUGGAUAGAUUUACAGAGCUCUCCUCUCACCUCCUCAACGCCUUUUAAGUGAUUCACUGUGUCGCCUAUUGAGUGAAAUACUUUUGAAUUUUAUUUGUAUCAGAGCACCUUUCAUAACCAGCCAGUGGUCUUAGAAUGUAUACUACAGUUUGCUACACACUCGGGUUGUGAAUGUUUGAAUGUUGGUUGCAUUCUGUGCAUUAUCUGCAUUAUUGGAUUUUAAGGCCUCUUAAAAUAUAUAGGUUUUAUACACUAUAUGAAAGAUUAAUGCUGGAACUGUUUCCUGAAUCAUGUUUUGGCAGUCUGGUUCCAAACUAUUAUAUUAUGGCAGGUCCGCCAUAGACAUAAAUCAAUGUUAAGGUUUUUCCCCAUGCAGAGGACAGUGAGUCUUUUCUUAAGGGAAGUAGAACUCAGGGAAUGUAUAAUGUUUAUGAGAGAGAACCAGUUAAAAGAAUAUUCCAGGUUCAAUACAAGUUGAGCUCAAUCGACAGUAUUUGUAGCAUAAUACUGAUUAAUUGUCCCUCAUUUUCUUAAAAAUGUUUUGGAAGUGCAGUGAGGCAUUUACAAUGGAAGUGAAUGGGGCCAAAAGCACUUACAUUCAUUCUUCUGUUAAAACUUGUGUAUUAUUUGAGCUGUAAAUUUGUUUGUUGACAUUAUAUUGUCAUGGCAACAAAGUUGUAAAAUUGGUUAUAACUUUACACAGAAAAGGUUAGUAAGCGAUUUUAUCACACUAAAAUCAUGUUAACACAUAUUAUGUCUUGUUGCUAUACUUUUGAAACAGUGAUUAUUUUAAUGUUUAUGGAAUUGGCCCCCAUUCACUUCCAUUCUAAGUGCCUCAUUUGGAACCCAGUUUUUUGUUUUUAAGAAAAGGAAGGGUACGUCAAAAUUAAUUUUUGUUUUAAUCAAUAUUAUGCCACAAAUGCUGUUGAAUGAGCUUAACUUGUAUUGAACCUGGAAUAUUCCUUUAACUUUUGUAGAUGUACUCAAGAGUUGUGAAGCCAUCAGGAUUUUCUAAAAUCACAGAAUAGUGGAAAAAUGACUAAAUAUCUCGUGUAUUUGAGCUUACGCCUGCGUCUUCAUCAGGUGUAAAAGUUGAUGUCUUUGUUUUUCAUAUCUGCUACAUCGGUUACAUUUACAAUAUCAUUCAAAUUAAUGUCCAUGUUCUUGUUUGCCAGUAAGAUUAUGUUGCUCACUUUUCCAUGAAUGUAUGUCUUCUGUAUAAUGAAAUAUCCAAUGUAAUGUGCCACAUAAGUCCAACUUGCUGCUUUAUGACAUUCUGUCCUGAUACUGGCUUGCAAAUAACAACCAAUACAACUAAUAAGCUGAAUGCACAAUCUGUUCUUUCAUCUCAUUGGCUGAGUGCCUGUUAUUUCACACAUCUUCAUCUAACAUUCACCGAAUGCAGGAUUUCUCUUCUGAUAGGUCCAAGAAUGUGCCAUUUCAAAGAUGGACAGUUUAUAGAAUUGCAGGAGGUGUUUUAAUACAAUAUGAUGGGUUUAGAUUCAGUGUGCCAUUUGGAGAAAUCAUACACUUUAUUUCCUUUAAUGUUGUUGACAGUAGGUUCAAUACAGCAAAGUAUGAAUUACUUACAGCAUCUGAUCCGUUCAUAUGUGACUAGUAUGGAUGUGAGAUAUUUUCUCAUGUAUUUUAAUAUCUUCCCUGCUGAAAAGACCAGCUUAACCAGCAUUCAUUUCUCAUGCUGUUCUAGACUGGUUUAUGCGGGUCUAUCUGGUGGUCUUUCUUGUUGGAACACAACAUGUGCUGGUGACCAUGUAUGCUAUUGUUUUUCAGCAGUAUUGGAGAGUCAAUUAUGUUAUAUUCAAUCAGACUUUCCUGCAGUGCCCCUCCCUCAUACUGUUUUUGUGUCUUUCUGUGUGAAUGAAGCACUUCAGAGCUUGAUGCCUGUUUUCAUUUUGAAACCUAUUUGUCUCGGAUCCUAUCAGGGUCGAUCCUCUAGGCUCAUAAUAUAAACAAAAAUGUUUAUAUUUAACUUUUCAACUAUUUGUGGUAAUGGUCAAGAAAGGUUGUAAUGUUUGAUAUGUUUUUGAAGGAGUUCCAUAAUCCUUUGUAUUUCCUUGUAACUGCAUUAAACACACAUUACUUUAUUAGA